GCUCUGCCGCAUUCUUUUGUUGAUUACCGUCCCGUGGUGCUGCCAUGCUGUUAAUGUCUGAACGUUAAAUUCUAAAUAUUUACCUAUAGGUCACACUUUUGGUUGACCUUUGGAGUCUAAUAAGGAUUUGAGCAGCAGCACGGGAAGCGACCCCAUUAACAGCAUGGCAUCUCAGCAAGAUGAAACAAGUGCUGAUCGCAAUGUGGAGAUCUGGAAAAUUAAAAAACUGAUCAAAAGUUUGGAGAUGGCCAGAGGGAAUGGCACAUCCAUGAUCUCCUUGAUCAUUCCACCAAAAGAUCAGAUAGCAAGAGUCAGCAAAAUGUUGGCUGAUGAGUUUGGAACUGCAAGCAACAUCAAGUCUCGUGUCAACAGACUCUCAGUUCUCUCUGCGAUCACAUCUGUACAACAGAGAUUAAAACUCUACACUAAAGUUCCCCCAAACGGUCUGGUAAUUUAUUGUGGUACAAUUAUGACAGAAGAAGGAAAGGAGAAGAAAGUAAACAUAGAUUUUGAGCCCUUCAAACCCAUCAACACAUCUUUGUAUUUAUGUGACAACAAGUUCCAUACUGAAGCGCUAUCGGCGCUGCUAGCGGACGACAACAAGUUUGGCUUCAUCGUGAUGGACGGUAAUGGCGCGUUGUUUGGCACCCUGCAAGGCAACACUCGUGAAGUGCUCCAUAAGUUCACUGUGGAUUUGCCAAAGAAGCACGGUCGAGGUGGUCAGUCAGCUCUACGUUUUGCAAGGUUAAGGAUGGAGAAGCGACACAACUACGUCAGAAAGGUUGCAGAGACGGCAGUUACGCUCUUCAUUAUGAACGAUAAACCCAACGUCGCGGGUCUCGUGCUUGCAGGUUCUGCUGACUUCAAAACCGAGCUAUCCCAGUCUGACAUGUUCGAUCCGAGGUUACAAACUAAAGUUAUUAAACUGGUGGACGUAUCUUACGGUGGUGAGAAUGGCUUCAAUCAGGCCAUUGAACUCGCCGCUGAGUCUCUGGCCAAUGUCAAAUUUAUCCAAGAGAAAAGGCUCAUUGGUCGUUACUUCGAAGAGAUCAGCCAAGAUACGGGCAAAUAUUGCUUCGGUGUUGUAGACACGCUCAAAGCACUUGAAUGCGGCAGUGUUGAGACUCUCAUCUGUUGGGAAAAUCUCGACAUUAUUCGUUUUGUGCUCAAGAACCAUCAGACGGGCGAAGACACCAUCCUACAUCUAACUCCUGAGCAGGAAAAAGACAAGACGCACUUCACUGACAAGGCCACUGGAGUGGAGUUUGAACUCGUCGAGUCCAUGCCACUGCUCGAGUGGUUAGCCAACAACUACAAGAACUUUGGAUCAACUUUGGAGAUCAUCACUGACCGCUCGCAAGAGGGAUCUCAGUAUGUCAGAGGCUUUGGUGGCAUUGGAGGUAUCCUACGGUAUAAAUUAGACUUGCAACAGCUCACAGACCUUGAGGAAGACUUCAACGACAUUGAUCUGGACGACUACAUGUAAAUGGCUGGCCGCUGCUGGUGUCUAGCGAACUCAGACGCUCACUUUCUGAGCUUGAGCGGUUGUGAACGCCGGAUGCGAGACGCUUUGUGCCUCUCGUGUUAUGCCGUAACCUCCGAGGAACGUGUCUUGCUGCUGCUCAUGUUGGUCACUGUGGAUUGUGGAAGGGUGACAUCUUUAGGAUGUAUAGGAACAUCCUAUUGUCACUGAUGUUGCUUCGUUACCGGCCCUCCCUACUUCGUCAGCUUCCACCAAGAGUGUUGUCGUUUGGUCGUCUAUUUUUUGCCUGUCAGACCUUGCGACCUAUUUCGCUUUUUCGAUUUGAAGCAGAUUUUUUGUCUUUGUUUAACAAGUUUGAAAUAAACAGUUGGUUCUCAAAUUGGUCGUCUAAUAUGCAGGUAGAUUGAAUAAGAUUUUUAAGAUCGACACGAGACGACUUACGAUGACUUCUAGGCGAUAGGCUCUUUGUGAGCAGGUAGGUGCCGGUGACACUGAAACAUUUCAUUUUAAUCGGCGAGUUUCAUAGCUUGGAGCUUGAACGAUCUAAUAUCUCACAUUUAAAUGGCUCAUUUUUUUAGAAUUUUUUUUGUAACUCAGUUUCUUGGGUUGAUAUCUCCAACCUUCUUAUUUUGUCACUGUUGUGCUAUUCUAAUUUACAUGCGCGUUUCUCAGACGUUAGCCGAUUGCCUCCACUGGAAGUGGUGUUGCUGGGAAGCUCUACGUGUUUUCUUGUGCAUAACGAGCGAUGGCCUCUAUGAACAUGAAUUCCAAGUUGACUUCUCCUAUGGCAGAAGGAUGUGAAUACAACGAUGGAGGGCAUCCCUCGCUUUUAAUUGGUUGUUGCUCCGUAGAUUUUUCGGUCUCGGCGACGUUGCUCCCUUGGAGGCAAAUAGACUUAAGUCUGAGCCCGCAUACCGACCACAAUUUUCAUUACUUUCACUACCAUCUGAUAUUGAAUUUCUUUAUUUAAACCAUUUUUAUUCGAUUAUUCUGAUUUUCAAGAAACUUUAUUAAUAGUUUUUUGGUUUCUUUAUUGGGCUCCGUUAUUAAAUGUAGAUAACACA